CAUUUCCUCUCUAACUCAUAACCAAACCUAUGAGCCUAUAAAGCUCUCCAAUUUUACCAAUCACACUUUGUUGUUCUUAUGAAUUUAAACAAUGGAGUAAUUCUCCCAUUACACACCUAAAAAUGCUCACCAGUCUUCCCAAGAAAAACAUCAAUGGCUGCUUUCUGUAGAAUCAGAAAACCCCUUUUGCUUUUCUCCAAUUCACUCAAACAAUUCCUCAACCAAUGGACUCACAAUAACACUCUGGUUCAAAUCCCUUUUACAAAACACAAUCUUUCUCCAUUUUCUUCAACACCCAUUUGCCCAAAACCCAUAAAUUCCCCUCCCCUAAUCUCUCCAGACGACUCAAGAAUCGUUGAUAGACUUGUUCACAUAUUCACUAAGCCUCUUGAUUCAUCAAAAAGCCAAGAACUUGAUGAGUUGGGUUCAAAUAUUACUACUUGUAUUGUUGAACUUGUUCUUAGAAAGCUGAGAAAUUUGAGAAUAGCCCAUUUGUUUUUUAAUUGGGCUUCGAAUUUAAAAGGGUAUCGUCACAAUUGUCAUACUUUUAACUUAAUGGCUGAGUGCUUAUCAGGUGCUCGACAGAUUGACUCAAUGAGAGUGUUGGUUAAUGAUGUAGUUAAAUUUCAGUGUUAUUUUACUCCGCGUGGUUUGGGUUUCUUUAUAAGGUGUUUGGGUAAUCAAGGGUUGGUUAAGGAGGCUAAUGAGUUGUUUGAUCAGAUGAAAAAAUCGGGUCUUUGUGUUCCGAAUAGUUUUACUUAUAAUUGUUUGUUAGAUGCUAUAUCUAAGGGUGGUGAUGUCGGUUUAAUUGAGUUGAGAUUGAAGGAGAUGUGUAGCAAUGGGUGGGAACUUGAUAAGUAUGCUUACACACCAGUUUUGCAGUGUUACUGCAAUGCGGGGAAUUUUGAAAAUGCGUUGAUUGUUUUUAAUGAGAUGCACGAAAAGGGAUUGGUCGAUGCACAUGUUUUGUCAAUCUUGUUGGUUUCUUUUAGUAAGUGGGGUAAGGUGGAUAAGGCAUUUGAGUUGGUUGAGAGGAUAGAAGAUCUUAACAUCAGCUUAAAUGAGAAGACAUGUUUUGUUUUGAUUCAUGGUUUUGUGAGGGAAGGUAAAACAGAUAAGGCGUUGCAACUUUUGGAUAAAAUGAAGAAACUGGGUUUUGUGCCGGACAUUUCUGUUUAUGGUGUGCUAAUAGAAGAGUUGUCUAGGAAUAAGGAGAUUGAGAAAGCUAUGCAGCUGUACGAGGAUAUGAAUGUUUCAGGUCUCCGUCCUGAUAUUAAAAUACUUAGUGACCUUAUAUCUUGUGUGCGUGAUGAAAGAGACAUGAUCCGGAUAGUUGAGGGGAGGUAUGAGAGUCUGGAUCUGAAAGCUAGGAUGUUGUUGUAUAAUUCUGUACUGAAAGGACUUAUUUACAAUGGUUCAACUGAUAAAGCAUAUCGUCUACUUUCUGCGUCAACGGGUCUUGACUCUGGUGGUGAUUUUAAUGAGGACAAUCUUUUUCCCAUUAAGGAACUUGCUUGUCCUAAUACCAUAUCUUUUGAAAUAGUUGUUGAUGGUUUGUGUCGUGCGGAUAGGUUGGAAAUGGCUCUCAGCCUGUUUAGAUAUAUGGAUAAUAUUGGUUGUAAACGCAGUGUGCUACUUUACAAUAAUUUAAUUUAUUCCUUGAGCAGGGUCGGUAGACUCAAUGAGUGUUAUGAGCUUUUGGACGAGAUGAAACAGUCAGAAUUUCAGCCGACACAUUACACAUACAAUUCAAUUUUUGGAUGCUUAUGUGGGCAAGGAGAUGAUGCAGGUGCCCUUGCUAUGGUGAGGGAGAUGCGUGUUCAUGGCCAUCAACCUUGGAUAAAAUAUUACACACUGCUCAUGAAGAAACUUUGCAAAGAUGGGCAAGUAGUCAAAGCUUCUAACUUUCUUGCUGACAUGGUUCAAGAAGGAUUUCUCCCUGAUGUAGUUGGUUAUUCGGCAGUCAUAGACGGCCUUGUUAAGAUUAAACAGUUGGAUGAAGCACUGAAUCUUUUCAGAGGGAUCUGUGCUCGGGGUUAUUGCCCUGAUGUGGUGGCUUAUAACAUUAUGAUAAAUGGGCUUUGCAAGGCCAAAAGAGUACUUGAAGCCCAGAAUCUUCUUGAUGAAAUGAUGGAUAAGGGGCUUAUUCCAUCAGUUGUUACCUACAACUCACUGAUUGAUGGGUGGUGCAAAAGUGGUGAUGUAGAUCGGGCAAUUGCAUAUCUCACUAGGAUGAAUGUAAAAGAACGGGAGCCCAAUGUUAUCACAUACACCACUUUAAUAGAUGGGUUAUGCAAUGCUGGCAAACCAAGUGAUGCUAUUAGGCUUUUGGUCAAAAUGGAGGCAAAUGGGUGCUCUCCAAAUAGAAUAACUUUUAUGGCUCUCAUUAGUGGUCUGUGCAAGUGUCGGAAGCCAGAUGAUGCUCUGAUAUAUCUACAGGAAAUGGAGAGGAAGGAUAUGAAACCCGAUCCAUCGAUCUACAUAGUGCUAAUAGAUGCUUUUAUAAAAAAUAUGAAUCCUAAUGAAGCUUUUGACCUACUACAAAAGGUGGUCCAUGAUGAGUCUCUUCAAGAUUUAAAUAGUAAGAGUCGUCCUAUUCUCAAAGAGGCAAUACUUUCCCUCUCAGCGGAUCCAAGGACAUCCUCAAACUUAGAAAUCCUGUUGGAGGAGGGUCACCUUACAACACUCUGUAAUGACAAUGAAGUUGGAUGACAUGAUAAGAUAUAUUACAUGUCUUGACCCAGGGGCGAAUUUAUAGCCUAAAAUGUGGGGUACGUGAAACCGUGGUCUCUCUAUUAAACAAGUUACUUAGGAUGAAGAACAAAAGUCAGGAACUGAAAAAGCAUCAAGUGUCGAGCUUUACGCUUUGCUGGUUUUGGUGUACUUGCUAGUUUCUACUCAUUAUUGCAUCGUCAAUGAAAAGUUCUACACCCUAAAUUUGAUAAUAAUGGCAACACGCCGAGGGGUAUGUUUCUUUCAGCUUUCUGCUCUGUCUAAGCAACUCUUUCUAUUGUGACCUCAAUUUGUUUUAUUAUGUUUCAAGAAUUAUUAGAUUUGGUUGAAAAGCUUGAGGGACUUUGAAUGUUAGAGGAUAAUCCGUUGAGUGAACUCUAGUAAGUAGCAAAGAAGUGUGGUGGCUGUAUAUGGACCCAGUCACUAAGAACCUUAAUUCGUCGCAGCAGGGAUCUGCAAACAUGGAGCAUCAGUCGCCCUAAAUGUUUAUUGGAAGAGAUAUGCAUCCAUCUCAUGGUGAGACAGAAACAUAGUACAGCUGGACAUGCUUGAUACAGAGAAAGGUAUUCUUCAACAACUGCAACGCUUCAGCGCCAAACAAAUUGAGUCGGCUGUAUGAAUCCUCACUAACAUUGUCACCCCUUAUAAGCUCAUCUCAGGCCAAUAUUAUACGAAAUAAAGCCACUACAGGUUGAUGAAGCACUACUGCGAUGAACCCAUUUCUGACAAAAGAGGGGCCUUUCGUAAGCUCUAGAAGCUAUGUUUACAGCUUGUUUAGGAGGUCUACGGUGAUGUGAGACGAGUUUUGAUUUCUGGAAACUCAUCUGCAGAGCUUCCUCCUAUCUUUUGUUGCCGUUUAAGCUAUCCUGUAUUCCUGUUAAGACCUGGUUGAUUUUCUUGCGUUGAUGGGCAAAUAUGUGUGAUAUCGUAUUUUGAAGGAAUAAGAAAGGCUCUCUCUCCCAAGGAUAGUGUUGAUGAAUUUCAGUCGUUUAUGGUACCUACUCAAUUCUGUAUUUGCUAAUGACUGCUACCUUGAUUUCUGGCAGAAUUGAAAAGAGUUGAUGAAUUCUGUGAAGACAACUCAUUUGGAACCACAUUCACCAUGGACCUCUACCCAACAACCACCACAGUUCACCAUCACCACCAACGACGACCUCUAGCAUCAGUCACUGUUGCUAGCCGCCACGG